AUUUUAAUUUAGUUAUCUUAUUUUUAAAAGAUUUGAAUUAAAUUAUUUUAUCUUAUCUUUUAGUUAGUUUAUUAAGGUUCUAUUUAAACACUUUUGGUGAUCUAAUUUACAUAAUUUUCAUUCUUCUGAUUUAGAUUGUAUUAAACUCCCUAAUUCCUCAAUAACUUCUUAUAAUAGGUUUCCAUGGAAUUCUCCUCUUCUUCUUUGCAAAUCACUCCCAUUGAAGAAGAAUUUUAUUUGGGUGAUUGCUUCUCCAUCAUCUUCAAUUACACCAAAAAAUUGAUCCAAAUUAUUGAAAGCUCAAACUCAACUCGUGAGGUUGAGUCUUGUUCUACUACAAGUACAGCCACGGAAGCAAUCUUGGUUCCUUCAGACAUCUUAUGCAGUGUUACUCCACUCACAGAGCUCAGCAGAGAAGACACAAUCUUGUUACAUGAAAUCUGUUCUUCACUAAGUGUGUCCCCUCAGCUAUUAGACCGAAUUUUACAUGACAUAGUCGAAACUGCAAGAAGGUGUGACUCCAACACGCGGGAGAUUGUUGUGAACCUUAAUGUUACCUCGUACAAUGUUGUUCAAGAUUCUGAUGAGCAAGAUGAUGAUGCUGAAUGCGCCAUUUGCUUGGAGAAGUUUGACGAUGGUAAUGAAGAUUCAAGCGUACAAAUUGUUCGUACAAAUUGCUCGCAUGUUUUUCAUGAUCGCUGCUUGCUCCACUGGCUCCGACGCUGUGCCAACUGUCAGUCGCCACAUUCUUGCCCAUUGUGCCGCAGCAUCAUAUUUCCAACUUCAGAGAUAGAUAAUGAAUAGGUUCAUCUUCAACAUGCUAUAUUCCACUUAAUUACCAGGCUUACCACUACAACUUGAAGGAACUUUUUUU